UAUAUAAUUUGUUUGCGAUGCUGUUUUUGCGACAGUCGUCAAUGGCUGCUGUGUUUUCUAGCCGACGACACGAUAUCAAAAUUAUUUCCAAAAAAAAACAAUCGUGAAUCAUGGAAGACGAAGCACCUGUCAUAUAUGGACUCGAAUUCCCAGCUCGGGCCCUAACUGCGCAAGUGGGUGACACAGAAAACAUACGCUUUCUCGUUGGAACACAAAGUCUACGAGCUGAAAACCAAGUCCAUCAUAUUCAUUUUGAUGAUGAAUACAAUUCAAUCAACAAAAAUGUAUUCCUGCACCAAGAGGGAGAAAUCUGGUACAUCAGUGCAUCGACAUUGGAUAAAGAUAUUCUUGCCACUUGUUACAACAAACAUGUUGACUCAAAGAUUGAAGUCCAGGCUGCUUUAUGGAGGCUACCAACCAAUUUAAAUGACAAUUUUACUGAGGAACCCUCUAACAGCCAUCGACCACUUAAAUUAUUGUGUCCUCUUGACUUUUCUGAAUAUGGUGAAAUCAAGUGUCUACUAUGGCACCCCACUGGAGAAGAAAAUACUCUACUAGGAUUAGCUGAUAACCAUAUUCUGCUCUGGGAUCUCGAUGUGGCCUCUGCUUCUGCAAAGAUUUUUAGUUCAGCCUCUAUAGAAGCAAGAGGCCAACCAAAGAUGACUGCAGCUAAAUGGAAUCCGCAUCACAAAUGCUCUCAGGUUGCCACAGCCAAUGAUACCACAAUUCGGGGAUGGGACUUACGAUCAAUGAAACAAGUGUAUGUUAUUGAAAAUGCUCAUGGUCAGCUAGUCCGAGACUUGGAUUUCAACCCUAAUAAGCAGUACUGUUUUGUCAGUUGUGGAGAUGACUGCAAGGUCAAGUUCUGGGAUGUUCGAAACUCUAAUAGUCCACUGAAGAUUCUAACUGACCAUUCUCAUUGGGUGUGGUCGGUACGUUACAACCAUUUCCAUGACCAGUUAGUCCUCUCUUCUAGUAGCGACAGCAGAGUCAUCCUGAACAACAUUGUGUCCCUUUCCUCCGAACCUUUCGGUUAUUUGGUCGAAAGUGAGGACAACAGUGACAACGAAGGCAAAGAAGUGACACGAGAGAAAGUAAAUGAUGGAGUGAUUGCUACCUACGAAGAACAUGAAGACAGCGUCUAUCGAGUGGACUGGUCCACUGCUGACCCUUGGGUGUUUGCAUCAUUGAGCUAUGAUGGACGUCUUGUUAUCAACAGAGUACCAAGGACAGAAAAAUACAAGAUCCUCUUAUGAUGGUGAUAAAUAUUCCAAAGGACCUUAAAGAUGGACAUGAAUACAUUCCAUGUUACUAAAAAAAAUUAUAAUAUUAAUAAUAUACAUAAAAUAUAAAAACAGAAAACAA